UGAGUUUGAGUAGACCGUCUAUCACCAGUGGUUGGCUACCUGUUGUAAUCACCUGGGUCCAUCCCAGAAAUUCUGAUGUUAUUGACUGCAGAUAAGGCCUGACGUUAGGGGUUAAGGAAGCUAGUUCCCCUGAAAAAUGGCAGAAGCAGUUUUCCAUGCCCCAAAGCGGAAAAGAAGAGUGUAUGAGAAUUAUGAAUCUCCAUUGCCGAUCCCUUUUGGUCAGGACUGUGGUCUUAACAAAGAAUUUAAGAUAUUCCGUGCUGAAAUGAUUAACAACAAUGUGAUUGUGAAGAAUGCAGAGGACAUUGAGCAGCUGUAUGGGAAAGGAUAUUUUGGAAAAGGUAUUCUUUCAAGAAGCCGUCCAAACUUCACAGUUUCAGAUCCUAAGCUGGUUGCUAAAUGGAAAGAUAUGAAGACCAAUAUGCCUAUCAUCACAUCAAAGAGGUAUCAGCGUAAUGUAGAAUGGGCUGCAAAGUGCAUGCAUAGGCAGGGGCACGAUGAGAGCACAGUGCACAGGAUCCUCAAGGAUUUUACAAAACCACUUGAACAUCCUCCUGUAAAAAGGAAUGAAGAGGUUCACCUGCAUGAUAAGCUUAACUCUGAAAUGGUUUCCAGCAUGGAAGACACGGCAGAGAAAGAGAGACUUUCUGUGAUGAAUGGGGAUUCUGGAAAGUCAGAUGAUAUGGAGGAUCCCAGCCUGCAGGAGGACUCUGGGCAGGACCCCCUGACUACAGACGACUUUGAUACACAUGCGGUAGAGGAUUCCACCCCUCUACACGAAGUCUGUGAUUGCAAACAAGAUGCUGUCAUCCCCCCAUGCGGCCCUCACCCCAAGGAUAGCAGCCAACACAUGAGUCUCCCCUGUGCAGGAGAGAGAGGACCCACUCAUGAGUGUGUGCUGGUGGAAGAAGUGACAGGUGUCCUGAGUGAUGGGGAGGAUAUCCCAAAUGAGAAAUUGAUGCAAAGAAAGAGACUAGUAUGCAGAAGAAAUCCAUAUAAGAUCUUUGAGUAUUUGCAACUCAGUCUGGAAGAGGCCUUCUUCCUGGUCUAUGCUCUGGGAUGUCUAAGUAUUUACUAUGAGGAGGAGGCUUUGACCAUAGUGAAGCUCUGGAACUCUUUCACUGUAGUUCAGCCCACAUUCAGGACAACCUACAUGGCCUACCAUUACUUCCGAAGCAAGGGCUGGGUGCCCAAAGUGGGCCUCAAGUAUGGGACAGAUUUACUGCUGUAUCGGAAAGGCCCUCCAUUUUACCAUGCAAGUUAUUCUGUCAUUAUUGAGCUAGUUGAUGACCAUUUUGAAGGCUCUCUCCGCAGACCUUUCAGUUGGAAGUCCCUGGCUGCUUUGAGCAGAGUUUCUGUUAAUGUCUCCAAGGAACUUAUGCUGUGCUAUCUGAUUAAACCCUCUACUAUGACUGACAGAGAAAUGGAGUCACCAGAAUGUAUGAAAAAAAUUAAAGUUCAGGAGGUGAUUCUAAGUCGCUGGGUUUCAUCGCGAGAGAGGAGUGACCAAGAUGAACUUUAGCAAUUCAACUUCAGAUUUCUAACUUCACCACAACUGUUUAUUGAAUCUCCUAGAGUCUGCAAGGUUUAGGGCUAGGUAAAGUUCUUUUACUGUAAUUGCCCAUUAAUUGAAAAGUUUUAAAGUGGUGCUGCUGUCGCCAGAACACUAUCAGUGUUU